CUGCAUCACACUUUGCUUCCUCUCUCUCGCCCUCCCCUCCCUCUCCGUUAUAAUUUUCCUUCCCCAAUAAUUUGUCCGUUCCCAACGACGAUAGCUCUUUCUCACGCUGAAAAGGAAUUCUCCUUUAUAUCCCCCCCUCGAUUUUAGUUCUCCUUUUUUCUGCAAAAUCCUUUAUUCAGAGGAAAGUGAAAACUGCUGCUGAUUCGAUCUCAGUGCCUAAAACUCUGGACUAUUCGGUGCAGAAAGACGAUCACAGAGAGGGAGGGAGUUAAAAGCAUCUGAAGCUCUACAGCCGUCAUCUUCGGGUCGUCGUGGCGGUCGUGGUCUUCUUUAGUCUUCCUAGUUCAAGUGAAGUGAGUAGUUUACGAGAAUUUGGAAUAUUUGAACCCCAGCUGAAUCGGUAUCAUUUUUUCGGGGGGAUUUUUCCCUAACCGAUUCAGAUUCAGUUCUGGUUCAAGCGAAGGGUGGCGAAACCCUAGGUAAAUGAGGUUUCGUUAAUAUUGGAGUUUAUAGGAAAUUCUGUCUGGGAAAAAAUACAAAAGAAAAAAAAAAAAAAAAAUCUUCAUCAAGUUGUUUGAUGCACUUUCUUGCUUGUUAUAAAGAACGAAGAAAUGCUGCGUAACUUGGAGAUACAACACAUUGAUUCGAUGCUUACCUCUUCAGUAUGCAAGCUAUGCAUGUUAAGUGGAACAUCUAAAAGUAGAGAGAGUUUGGAUGUUAUGGUAUAAGAAGAAAAAUGGAGCAUGUAUCAGAAAAAAGAUUUCCUCUCAAUGCAAAAGAUUAUAAGUUAUAUGAAGAAGUUGGUGAAGGUGUUAGUGCCACUGUGUAUAGGGCACUCUGUGUGCCACUCAACAAAACAGUUGCUAUCAAAGUUCUUGAUCUCGAAAAGUGCAACAAUGAUCUGGAUGGCAUCAGGAGAGAGGUACAAACGAUGAGCUUGAUUGAUCAUCCGAAUGUUUUACGGGCAUAUUGUUCAUUCACUGCUGGGCACAACCUUUGGGUUGUGAUGCCAUACAUGGCUGGGGGAUCCUGCCUUCAUAUAAUGAAAUCUGACUAUUCUGAGGGAUUUGAAGAGCCUGUUAUUGCUACUUUAUUGCGGGAGGUUCUCAAAGCUCUUGCCUAUCUUCAUGCUCAUGGCCACAUACAUAGAGAUGUAAAGGCUGGGAAUAUUUUGAUUGAUGUUGACGGUAUGGUCAAAUUAGCUGACUUUGGGGUGUCAGCUUGUAUGUUUGAUGCUGGAGAUAGGCAACGAUCAAGAAACACUUUUGUUGGAACUCCUUGCUGGAUGGCUCCUGAAGUUAUGCAACAAUUACAUGGAUAUGACUUCAAGGCAGACAUUUGGUCAUUUGGUAUAACAGCACUUGAACUCGCUCAUGGUCAUGCCCCAUUUUCCAAGUAUCCACCAAUGAAAGUUUUGCUUAUGACGUUACAGAAUGCUCCUCCAGGCCUUGAUUAUGAAAGAGACAAGAGAUUUUCUAAGUCGUUCAAAGAGAUGGUCGGAACCUGCUUAGUGAAGGACCCAAAGAAACGGCCAACUUCAGAAAAACUUUUAAAACACCCUUUCUUCAAACAUGCACGCUCCACGGAAUAUCUAACUCGAACUAUUCUAGAUGGUCUUGCUCCUCUAGGAGAACGUUUUAGGAAGUUGAAGGCAAAAGAGGCUGAUUUAUUGGUGCAGAAUAAGGCUCUUUAUGAGGAUAAAGAACAACUAUCACAGAAGGAAUAUAUUCGAGGAAUCAGUGCAUGGAAUUUUAACCUUGAGGAUUUAAAAAGCCAAGCUGCUCUUAUUCAAGAUGAUGACUUGAAUGCAGAAGAGCCAGAUAUGGAUAAGAAGCAAAAAAACAAAUCUGAUGAUAAUGGGGUUCCUGCAGAAGGGUCAUUGGCAGUAACAGCUAACGAUUCAGAUGCUAAACCCACAUUGGAUAAGGAUGGGUUCAGUGAUUUUCAGGAUUUGGAGAGUUCACUCGCUUCAUUUCCAAUUAAACCUCUUAAAGCGCUCAAAGGCUGUUUUGACAUUUUUGAGGAUGAUGCAAAUAACACUAGUCUGAGAGAUUUGGACCAGGAUUAUGGAAGAAACGAGAAUGGAAGUUCUGGGCUUAGCUUAGUGCCACAAAAUGCUUUAACUGAGCAUAAAAAGCAUUUGAGUGGUUCUUUGGUGCCUGAUAAUUUUCUCUCCCCUAAAAAGGUUGUUACUGAUGGGGACAGGGAUUAUUUGCAAGCAAAAUAUAAUUCUGAUCGGAAUCAUAGUGGACCCUUGUUAUAUCGUCAGAAGAGAGACACCAACAACCACCUUGCAUCCCUUGAUGAUGCAUCGGAAGGAGCAGUUAUCCAGCGCAAGGGUCGGUUUCAGGUUACCUCGGCGGAUCUCAGUCCAAAGGGUCCUUCAAACUGCACUUUUGGCGGCCUGGUUUCUGGAGGUUCUAUUGGCCCCCCAAAUCAGAACUCUACAGUUGCUUCUAUUCUUCCUUCAUUGCAGUUCAUUUUGCAACAGAACAGCAUGCAAAGGGAAGAAAUUAUUAAAUUAAUAAAGUAUGUGGAGCAAUCUUGUGGCAAGUAUACUGAAUCAACAGAGGCAGGGAUAGUUGAUCUUUCGCAGGUACCACCUUCAACAAAUAGGGAGAGAGAACUGCAUGCUCAGGUGAUUCAAUUACAACAGAGCAUUGGGAGUCUUGUUGAGGAAGUGCAAAGACAAAAAAUGAAAAAUGCCCAGUUAGAGAAGCAGUUGAACUCGAUGUCCAACAGAGUGGAAGAGUGAAGAGAAAGUUGAUGAGCCUUAUUUAUAGGUUUGACAGAUCAUCACCGACGACCCUUUGUCACUUACAACGUAGCUAGACGGUCUGUAACUUUCUCCAAGGAUGGAUGGGGAUGGGGAGCACUUCUGUGUUGUAUUUUAGUGUACCAUGUAUAAACUUUGUGUUAAUGCAGACACCAAUUUUGUUAUUUUCAGAUAAUAUUUCGAGUCACUUGUGUAAAAUGUAAUUUAUUGACCAGAUAAUGUAAUUAAAACACGCUUCUCUCC